GUCUUCAGUUCGUCUUUGUCUUUCCUCUGCUACCGAUGUACGCGGACAUACGUUGGAUCGCUACGCAGUUCUUGACACAAGGAAGCUGGAAGGCGAAUAGCUUGAAACAGAAAUCCUUGCUCCUCAGACACAAAAGAAAUCGCGCAAUUAAACGUCGUUGAUUGGUUUAGGCGAUAUCUGCAGUGUAAAAAGCAAUUCAUUGUGUAACGUGGAUAAUCGGUGACUGUGAAUGUGUUCGAUAUUAAUUUGAGAUCUGUGAGAUAAGAGCAUUCCCAAAUUGAUUGAGUCCGUGUCGCGUUAUCGAUUAUCGCUUCCCUGCGGUUUGUCGUCGCAGUCGUGAACCGUCGAAGAGAUUGCUGACGAAAACAUGACAUAAAUUAAAAAUUCAACCAAUACACUAAGGAGCGAAUGGAACGCAGAAAGGCCAUGGAAAACAGUGCUUAUGAUAUAAGAGUUAGGAAAGCAUCAGCCAAAGGCGAGAUGAAAUGAAGCUGCUAAAGAUGAAGUGGUAAUAAGAAAAAAUACAAGCAGCGAAGAAAAUCGAUCUCCAAGCAACCAAAGGUCUUACGCUCUUUGAUCGCGUAUGUGCGUGUGCUAGUGAGGGAGGUGUUCUACGUGUACUCCUAUUUGUUUGUGUUAGUAUCUCGUUCGCUCUCGCGCUCUCUCAUUGGCGAGGCAUUUAAUGAGUGCGGAAAACCAACAAGCUAACGAAGAAGAGCGUAUGUUUUGGUGAAGAAGGUCACCACCGAGUCACGAUUGUGUAUAGUUUUUUUUUCGUGUGCACCUAGGUCCGAUUCGUCCACUCCACAAAGCUUCGUGGCGGAGUAUGUGUAUCAAUAUUUCAGUUUUGCGUUUACCUUACCACAUGCUCUCUACACAAUAACCCCUUCACGCAACGUCCGCUGGGGGUUAUUCUAUUUAUUCACCAUCGUAUGUGAUGCGCGAAAAGAAUGGCUUUGAAAACGUUGUAAAUAAUAUCGAAACGUACUAGCCAAGCUCGAGGAAACAAGUGCUGCCAAAAUCAAAAUUCAACCACCGAAAAAUUGCCAAUUUUUCUGUAAUUGAGGUGUUGUGCAAUCGCGUUGGCGCAUCAAUUCGGCAACAUGAGCGAGAAAACAACAACCAAUGGCCUCGGGUGCAGCAACGGUGAUAACAGCAGUGCCAAACAGCAACAGCCAUCACAACCACCACAGCAAGAUGCUACAAGUGGUGCAGAAUCAUGCGGCAGCAACAGUAGAGCUUCCAGCAGCUUGGGAGGUUCCUCCACCAACCUGGAGGUCAACGGCAAACCCAAAGGGCUGAACGAUAGUCUGCAGCAGCAGUUCUGUCGGUUUGCGGAUUACUUCGUCAUCUGCGGGCUCGAUUUGGCGUCCGGGCUCGAGAUGGACCUGUUUGCAGGUACGAGUGACAGUCUGCAUUGUUCUCCACUGGACCGGGCCUACAAAAGCAUAGCACUAGCACACUAUCCGGAGCACGUGGCGUGGAACCCGUUCGAUGCACAUGGGAUCUGUAUGCUUUCCCUACCACAGGGCUUGCGGUUUCGUACGCAGAAACACAAUAUAGAGCCACGGUUUCACGCGUUUGCCACCACCCGAGAGGACGGCAAGCGGUGCUACGGGUUCAGCUUGGUGUUCUACGAAGAAGUUCGCAGCCGGGAUAUUUGCAAUGCCAUGCACACGCUCCAAUCGAUGUUCAUCACGGAGCUUUCCACUUCGCAACAACCUCCCCCCGGAACUCUGCGACGGGUCAAGGAAAAUCCCGUCAGUCGAUCCUUGCCGCGACAGUUUAAGAUAGCCGCACAAGCCCACACGUCUGCACUUAGCUAUUAUGAUAUUACCAAGGAUAAACUGUUUGUUGCGAAAAGCAUUUCGCUCGUCUGUCAGGUGCCGUACGCUCACGUUGCUGAGCUAUUUCUUAGGAAUCUCUACAAGUGUCUUCCCCGCCACCCCGGUGCUCGGCUCAGCCUGGAGAGCUACGUGUACAACAUCCUGUACGAAGUGUCCACUCCUCCGCCAGGGAAGUCCAUACGGAUAUACAUACCGCCGGAUGACCCUCAUCUACCUCCCAUAGCGACAAUCCUGCAACGACCUGCCCUAAAAGAUGAACUACCCUUUAUGGAUUUCCCGCUGAGACUGUUGUUCACUUACCUGAGCGUGGACUGCGUCAUCCAGCUGUUCACCUGUGUGCUCCUCGAAAACCAAGUACUCCUCCGAUCUUCCGACUACCAGAAGCUCACCAUAAUAGCAGAAUGCAUAACAUCGCUGCUAUUUCCCUUCCAAUGGCAACACGUUUACGCACCGAUCCUCCCCGCUUCUCUCCAUCACUUCUUGGACGCCCCAGUUCCAUUCGUGAUGGGCCUACAUUCCGAUUCCGACAACAGCAUCCGCAUCGGAAGUGAAGCCAAUCUCUGCUACGUAGACGUAGACAAAAAAUCAGUACAGCUCCCAGAAGAGUUGCCGGCCUUUCCUCAUCGGCACGACUUCAUCGCAGAAAUCACGGCCGUUCUCGACAAGUAUCAAGUACCUCGGGAUCGCUCCCUGGACCCGCCCUCCAUUCUUAGUCCAAAGAAUCUCCUCAAAGACCACGAUAUGAUGACAACGAGCUGCACGCUACCAUCGGGAAUGCACGUCCGACGAAAGCACUCACUGCACGACGUUCUGGACUGGGACCGACCAAACUCUCCGGACAUACCACUUCCACCGACGGCCGUUCCCGCUCGGCCGGACGUCCGUCAGCGAAUCGUGGAUAUUGUACGGCGCAGCGGGGGCGACGAGGUCGAUUCCGGUACCAACGAAGUCAUGCCCAGCGCCAAGCAAAAGCAACCCCUCAGCACCCUGGAACAGUACUACGAAGAUCUGAGACUGAACAACUCGGUCCGGGAGAUUUUCCUCAACCGGUUCGUGCAGAUGUUUGCCGCGUACGAGCACUUUGUGAUUUUACCGAACCAGGACCGAGACGAAUGGCUUAGCAACCGCGAAUCUCUUCACAACUUCGAUAAGGCGUCCUUCCUGUCCGAUCAACCGCAGCAUCAUCGGCCGUUUCUGUCGCAGUUCCUCGAGAGUCAGAUGUUCGUCACGUUGAUCGACAACAAGAUCAUGCUCUCGUGGGGUGACGACGGCUCACUGCUCGACAGCCUGAACGGGGACGUGGAGUACAACUUGAAGCUGUUCGACAAUCGUAUCAAAAUUCUAAGGAAACGCUACGGUGGCGAAAGUAUGAUCCGCACGGCAAACUACGAACCGUGCAUUUUGGCCAGGGAAACCCAGAAGCAGCUGGAUAAGCGACUGGGCAGCGUAGACAUGGAGGUGGCACCCCCAAGUGAGAUCCUGGACAAACGACCGCCGUACUACCGGAGCUUUCCGGUGCUGGAGAAGGGCGUACUGAACCAGGAGUGCGCUUCCAGGGGUAGCAGCCUCAGACGGGUCAAGAACGGAUCCAAGUGGAAGGUGAAGGAAAUAUCCUUGGAUGGCGGUGGCGGUGGAGGAAGCGGAAACAAGGAGAACGAUGGCGGCAACAAGUCCAACCGAAACUCGGCAAACCUUACCGGGACGGAGAUCAGCCCGGCUCUGAUGGCUCAGGCGAAUUGGGCUUUUGUGGAAAAACUGCUGAAGGACUGCAAAAGCAAAACCAAACGGAUGUUGCUGGAGAAGAUGGGAACGGAAGCGAUCGAACUGGGACUCAGUGGAGAGGCGUCCGUAACCGGAGUCGAGGAGAAUACGAUGAUCGCUUCGCUGUGUGACCUGAUGGAAAAGGUUUGGUCCCAUGGGGUAGUGAACAAACAGGGAAAAUCGGCCCUAUGGGCUCAUCUGACGGCGUAUUUGGACAUCAAGGAUAAGACUCAGGGCAAGCAGAUGGGGAACAACUAUUUAUCGCCGGCCUUGGCGUGGACUGGUUUGAGAAAACGAAGGGAACCUAGCUGCACUAGUCCAAAAUCAAGCAUAACAAACAAUGGUAAAUCCACUAAGUUUACCAUUAGUCCCAUCAUUGUCACACCCAGCAAUUCUAGUAAAGGUGGUAGUCCCAACACUAGUAAUCCAAGCAGUAAAACCAAGUUUAACAGCAUAAUUCGGUUGAAGCGAAGCCUGAAGAAACCUCCGACGGUUGCUCACCGCAAUGAACCCAUAUCGUUGUCUUCUCCGGAAAUGUCCCCCACCUCGGCCAGUCGGCUCAGUAACUUUGUCCUGCCAAACAUCAUUGCAAAUUUGGUGGGCAACCGGUAUGUCAGCGUUUCCAGUUCUGGUAGCGUCAACGAUCUAUCGGCUCUGGCCAUUGAACCAGAACUUCACUCGUCACCAACCCGAGGCCGCUCCAAGUCUCGGGAUCGCAAAAGUCUGGGACCUGAGCAGCUACGUCCGCUACCUGAAUCUCUGGAAUUUGAUAUUAGGAAUAUCCAAGCCAUGACGGAUAUCAAGACCCACAUUGGGUACGCCCGUGCCUGGGUACGAUUGGCACUGGAGAAGAAACUGCUUUCACGGCAUCUUCGUUCGCUGCUCACCGAUACGGCACUGUUGAGGCAGCUCUACAAGCGAUCUGCCUUCGUACGUAGCGACGAUGAAGUUGAACAAUUCCUCUACCACCUGUUGACACUGAAUGCGGUAGACUACUUUUGCUUUACCAACACCUAUCCUACGACCAUUUUGCCGUAUCGGGUUGUGAUAUUCCCUUCGAAAAAGGGUAGCGCUGCUACCACUUCGGCCAACGUGUGGAUUGCUAUCUCCGGAACGCUGGGCGAAACACAGCAGAUUAGUGUGCCGCGACAUUCAUUGGAAUUUGUGUUUCAUCACAAAACCCUUGGUAUACUAACAUCUUUGCGAAUCGGCCAUGACGACACUGGAAUGUCAUCCAAAUGGCUGGUUGAACACGUAGUCAUCAGAAACGAAGUUACCGGACACACCUACAAAUUCCCUUGCGGUCGAUGGUUGGGUCGAGGCAUCGACGAUGGCUCCAUCGAAAGACUACUGAUUGGACAACUGGUACCUCGAACCGUGGAUAGCGAAGAGCUUGUGGAAGCCUGUCGUACUCCACCGCGCACACGAAGUCCUAGUAUACAGCGACCAGAAGUUCGCCCGUCAGACAUUCAACACAUGCUGGGCGACUGCGUGAACGCAAUCGUCAAAUGGCACUACCGACCUACUCGCGAGCGAGAUGCCAGCUCACUCACAAAUCUACUCUGCGGUGAGAACGGCCUCGUAAAAUGUCUUGAGCAGGCGUUCCUCUGCGGAUUCCGCUCGCAACGCCUGUUCGGACGAAAUCUAUACCUCUGGGAUUACUUUAUACGGGUCAAGGAGCAGUUCGAGACCAGCUUGGUGGAGGAGUCUGUUGAUAUGGUUCGUGGUGGAGGCUCAGCUAGCAAUUCACCUCCAACCAGUGGAUCCAGUCCUGAAUCACCACCUCAAGGAUCUACUACGCCACUUCCUCCAGUAGCUAAACAGGAACUCUCAGCAGUUUGGCGAUGCUACUGCCAUCUGAUGGACGAAAUCAACAACGUCAAACAGACACUCGGAAAGGAUGGUCGCUUCCAACUAUUUAUCUGUCUUAGCAUACGGGAACACCUCCUGCACCGCAUGCUGGUUCCGAUGGCGUACACCCGGGUAACCACUGAAAUGUACGAAGAGCAGAGCUUCAUGCGCAAGAAAGGUCUACUGACAUUCCUGAGGCAAAUUCUGGAACCGCUGGAUGAGUUCCACAUAGUGCUGGAGAACUCGAUCACUCAGGGAAUUGGAUCUCACUGUUAAACAAAAAACCCGUUGAAAUAAUGGCACCUCAAAAUAAAUCGCAUUAAGUAACUCCUCAAACAAAUGUACGAAAUCAUUGACAACUGAAAUACUCAUAAGAGUGCUACUCCUCCCGUUGAAACUCAUUUUUUUCUUUAAAGGUUAAUUUCUGUUUUAGGCUAGAAAACAUAGGUUAACUCAUCACUGAACUGAUACGUAACCGCAACUGAAUAAUCGAAAUCGAUGGCCAAAGAUUAUUAGAGCAAUUUUUUGUUCCUGAGAUGUUAUUCAUAUUAUUUUUUUAAUUUGUUUUAUGUUAUAUUUUUACAAAUGUGUUAGUAGGAUUCGUUGAUUUGCUGUAGUUCGUAAACAUAAGUUAAGAUUUUUUAUGUUUUAUUAUGAUGUUUGUGCCAAAAUUGCCAACCCUAACAACGGACUUCGAAAUCUUUCAUAAGCGAAGCAAUGAAUAGAUCAGAAAAGAGUGAAAUCUGUAAGUUGAUCACAUUCAUUUGAAAACUGAAAAUUAAAACAAGUGUACACAGGGUGGGAAAUCUCAAUGGUUAAAUGUGUGAUAAAAUUAAACUUUACUAUCGGACAAAAUGCGACUUGCAAUGACAAAACCAAAUCAUCUAGCUAAUUUUAAGGCUUAUUCAUGCAGAAAAUUGUUUACUGAACAAUUCUCUUAGGCGACAGUUUCUAAGCAGUUCUCUCAGUCAGAUCAUUAUGGCUAGCGUAUGAACCAUCUUAUUGAAAUAAGUAGAAUGAUUUAUCAAGUACCCCUUCCAUAGCAUAAAAACUCAUGCCGUCUAUUGCAACAAAAUAUAUCAUAUGCCCAACGAAAAAAUGCCAGCCGGAAGGCAGCUUCUAGCUUGAUUGGUGAUUACCCUUUCGAUUCCAAACCAUCUCACUGAUGGCUAAUGAUAACUAAUGCAUUCUCUCUAACUUCUUGUUUAAUUAUAGUACGAUUAUUGCAUGUGUUCGUUGUAGCUGAGAGUUGAAAAACAAUGUACUAGAUUUAGGUUACCGUGGUAAAACCCCAUUUGGAAGAACAUUGUUCAAAAUAAAAACAAAAAUACUGAAAAUAAAUUUAGUUCCAUCCAA